AGAUGUUGUGGAGAUGAUUUUGAGAAUUGAGAAGGACUUAGUUUUUGUGAAAAACAAUUUAGGGGAGACACCACUUUAUGUUGCAGCAGCAAGUGGGGAAAAAGAUGUAUUUGAUAUUUUGGCUCGUGAUUUUAGUGAGGUAACUAUGAAGAGGAAUGAUGGGAAGACAGUUCUUCAUGCAACUGUAAUCCAUGAUUGUUAUUAUCUAGCAACAAAUAUAGUGAAUCAAUAUCCUCAAAUAGUUAACGAACGUGAUGAUGAGAAAAUGACUGCUUUGGAUGUGUUGGCUACAAAGCAAUUAUCAUUCAAGAGUGGAUCGGAUUACUUGUUUGCCGAAAUUGGGAAGACACCUUCUGUUCCUUUUCAGAUCAUUGAAACCAUCAUCUAUUCUUGUAUUCCCCCUAUGUAUAAAGAAUCAAAGCCUAGUGAUAAUUCGAGCAGAACACAAGCUACCAACAAAGUUGACCGCAUAGAAAGGCCUUCAUUCAUCAAUUAUCUGUUAGGUUUUUCCUGGUUACAAGUUAUUGAUGAGGCAAAGCAAAACCAUAUUCUUGCACCAAUACUAGCAAAAAUGUUGCUGGAAAACUAUGAUUGGAGCUAUAUUGAUCCUGUGCCAAAUCCACUAAUACAAGCAUCAAAACUUAAAAUCAAUGAGUUAGUUGUUGAAAUUUUGCAAAAAUACCCUGAAGCUGUGGAGACGUUGGAUGAACAAAGGAACAUAUUGCAUAUAGCAGCAGAGCACAAAAACAGAUUUUUGUUUGAGUAUUUGCUCAAAAGAGUGGCUCAUAAAGAAAGGAUGCUGGCUGAUAUUGAUGAACAAGGAAAUACAAUUUUGCAUUAUGCAGCAAAUGUUGGAUCACCAUUUAGGACAUCAACUGGAGAUCAUUUUGAAGAAAUUUGGUGUGUGUUGUCUGUGUUCAUGAUGAUGUGGGGAGUGCUUUGGUUUAAGCAUGUAAAAAACCACAUGCAUCCACGCCUAUGGGACGUUAAAAACUCCGAGGGCAUAACAGCAGAAGAAGUAUUCGAGAGAAACCAUUUACACGUACGAAAAGAAGCAGAGGACGCAAUUAGAAACCUAGCAAAUUCUGCACUAAUGCUUGCUAUUCUUCUUUGCACUGUCAACUUCGCUGCAAUUUUCACAGUCCCUGGAGGUUUUGAUCAGAAAACUGGCCUACCAAUUCUCCUAAAAAAAGUGAAACAUGAAUUAUGGAUGUUAAUAUUUUACUUAGGUGCAGCACUUUUAAAUUCAGUAGUCACUAUUGGUACAUUGUUAUCAUUUGUUCUUUGCAAAUUCCAUAGUGAUGAUUUUUACAUUUCUCUGCCUACAAGGAUCGUAAUUGCUAUGGUUUCAGUUUUCUAUGCCACAACAUUUUCAGUACUAGCCUGUGUGCAAACACUUAAUCUGGAUUAUAUUUUCUUGAACAAAGAUGUAUGGUGGCUUAUUAUAGCUAUGGUAGUUGUUGGCUUCAUUAUGACCCUUAUUUAUAUAGACUUAGCAUUUCCGAUCUUUGAUUAUUUGUAUUAUUUGAUUUCUUAUUCAUUUAUAUCCAAUAAGAGAGGGCCUAUGUAAGUUAAUGCACUCUGUUGUAAGCUUUUCAUUGU